AUGGAUGAAAAUCAGUUAAAAGCCGUCUUAACAAAGUAUUUUGGAGAAAAAACAGGAAAUGUAACGAGAGAAACAUCCAAAGAUGAACUCAAAUGUAUCUAUGAUGAACGGUCAGGAACUUAUGACCAGGAAAUAUUAGCAGUUGGUGCUGCUUUUCACAAGCCACUCGCCAAAUGUUUGCAUAAUGCCCUAAAGGAAGUUCUGAAAGACAAACCAAAGGAUCAGAUCAAAAUUAUGGACGCUGGAGCUGGGACGGGGCUGAUAGGAGUGGAGCUCAAGAAACUGGAUUACACGAACCUAUGUGCUCUUGACAUCUCACCUGGCAUGUUAAACGAAGCAAAGAAGAAAAAUGUUUACAACGAAUUAAUCUGCGCGCCUUUGAGCGGGCAGCAGAUACCUCAGAUUAAAUCAGGGCAAUUCGAUGCCUUGAUUUCUGGUGGGGCACUCCAUGAAGGACGUGUCAGUUCAUCUGCUUUCGUGGAGAUGAUCAGAAUGGUUCGAGCUAAUGGCCUCCUCUGUUUCAACAUUUGGGAAGGUCAGUUAGGAGACUAUCAAGAAAUGAUGAGGCAGCUGGAGAAAGAUGGGAAAUGGAUCUGCUUGUCCAGAGAAACUUUACCUCUCUUUACAGCCGUGGACAUGCCCAAAGAAUGCUUGGGCUUCGUUUACAAAGUUUUGAAAAAUUAA